ACAGAGCAGAAUGCGUUAAUGCGCGUUCUGAUUUGAUAUUUCCGUACACGAAACCCGCUUUAUCUCAAUAAAAAUAAUCCUCUAAACAAAUUGCUAAUCUGCCGAUGAGCAACACAAGACUUCAAAGAUGUCUGUAAAAAUGUGUGACAGUGUAACGCAAUGGAAUAUAUUUAGUUAAGUGGAGUGAAGCCCAAAAAUUUCCCAAUAUAAAUUUAGUGUUUUUGGUGUUGAAUGGUUGGAGGGUGGAAAGGGUUGAAAACAAGUGCUGUGUGAGGCCUCGGAGGCGCCUGGACGUCGGAGAAGGUGAAAAAAAUAUCGAGCGAAUGAAAUAAAAACCCUAAGAAAAACGGAGGAAAAAAAUAAAUAAAAUAAAUCUCAAGAUGUCGUCUGGACACAGUAGUAGAAGUCGUAGUGUACACAUAAGUUAUAUAUUUCAGAAGAUACAGGGACGUUUUACGGAUGCAAUGACACCACCAAAAUUAUCAACCGACAAACGAAUGUUAGAUAAAACAUGGAAAUUAAUGGACAAAGUAGUUAAACUCUGUCAACAACAGCGGAUGAAUCUCAAAAACUCACCUCCAUUCAUUCUCGAUAUACUGCCAGAUACUUAUCAACGUUUACGUUUGAUAUACAGUAAAUACGAGGAUCGUAUGCACGUACUACACAGUAAUGAACACUUCUGUGUAUUUAUUAAUAAUUUAAUGAGAAAAUGCAAGCAGGCUAUUAAGUUAUUUAAAGAGGGUAAAGAGAAAAUGUUCGAUGAGGCCUCGCAUUAUCGUAGAAAUCUAACGAAAUUGAGUCUCGUGUUCAGUCAUAUGCUAUCUGAAUUGAAGGCCAUAUUUCCAAACGGCAUCUUUGCUGGUGAUCAGUUUCGCAUCACUAAAUCCGACGCUGCUGAAUUCUGGAAGGAACGAUUUGGUAACAGUACUUUGGUCCCAUGGAAAAUAUUUAGACAGGAAUUGAACCAAGUUCACCCAAUAAGCACUGGACUGCAGGCCAUGGCGCUCAAAUCAACAAUCGAUCUUACCUGCAAUGAUUACAUUUCGAAUUUUGAGUUCGACGUUUUCACAAGACUGUUUCAACCGUGGUCAACGUUAUUACGCAAUUGGAAGAUAUUGGCAGUCACUCACCCUGGUUAUGUAGCUUUUCUGACCUAUGACGAGGUGAAGGCACGAUUACAAAAGUAUUGUAUCGCCAAACCAGGAAGUUAUGUGUUUAGACUGAGCUGCACGAGAUUAGGACAGUGGGCAAUUGGAUAUGUUACAUCGGAUGGUGAUAUUCUGCAGACGAUUCCACAUAAUAAGAGUCUGUGUCAGGCACUUCUGGAUGGUUAUCGAGAAGGCUUCUACUUAUAUCCAGACGGAAGGAAUAUAAAUCCCGAUUUAACAUCGGCUGUUCAACCAACACCAGAGGAGCACAUUAAAGUGACAGCCGAACAGUACGAAUUGUACUGCGAAAUGGGUAGUACAUUCCAAUUAUGUAAAAUCUGCGCUGAACAUGAUAAGGACGUGAGGAUAGAGCCUUGUGGACAUUUGUUAUGCACACCGUGUCUGACAGCCUGGCAGGUAGUAGUAUUUUCUUCACGUUUGUGGUCUUUCAAUCUUGGAAUGUAAGU